UAAGAAGCAUUCUAAAUACUGCAACCAGUUUGUAAAUGAUUGGUUGUGAAAAUUCUUUUGUAGUAUUAAAUAUCCCAACUCGUGAAAUAUGAAAGUAACACAAAAAAUUGAGUUUGACGAAGAUGUCUCAUCGAUUUGUGAGUCUACGGGUGCGCUCACGGAAGGCUGCAGGCUACCAGUGCGUAUGCACAAAACUGAAGACUGGCCACUUGCAGAAGUUGUAAGCAUUAAGGAUCUUGACGGCAAAAGACAGUUCUAUGUGCACUAUGUUGAUUUUAAUAAACGGCUUGACGAAUGGGUUACCGAAGAGGACGUAGACACACGCAAGGUACAAUUCCCACGACGCGAUGGUACUCAAACAGGUGCCAGCACAGGCGUAACUACACCAAAGAAACACCACUCAUCUCUUCCAGGCAGCGUUUCAAGACCCACAUCCCCGCAACCAGCUGCUAGCAAUGAAAUGGUAAAUGGGAAUGCUGUGUUAGCCGCAGCGUUGCAGAAGAAAAUUAACCGCAAAAGGAAGCUAAAUUCUGUACCAGCGCCACCACUUGCCGUAGUGCCUGAAAUACCGCCACCUAUUAUAACACCCGCGCCAACGCCCGCACCUAUUGUUGUUAUACCCACCACCCCAGUGCCGGUGUCUGUGUCUGAGGAAGCUUCACAAGAUGGCAAAAAUGCGACACCCCGCCAAUCAGGCAGCAUGGUUAUACAUCAGGAUGAUGUAGUGACGCGCAUGAAAAAUGUUGAAAUGAUCGAAUUGGGCAAACACCGAAUAAAACCCUGGUAUUUCUCACCGUAUCCACAGGAAUUAUGCCAAAUGCCGUGUAUUUACAUAUGUGAGUUCUGCCUAAAGUACCGUAAAAGUCGGAAAUGUCUUGAACGCCAUUUAGCGAAAUGCAAUCUUAGGCAUCCGCCUGGCAAUGAGAUCUAUCGUAAACACACGAUUUCUUUUUUCGAAAUUGACGGACGUAAAAAUAAAGUCUACGCCCAAAAUUUAUGUCUACUGGCCAAACUCUUUCUGGAUCACAAAACACUUUAUUACGACACCGACCCUUUUCUGUUUUAUGUUAUGACUGAAUUCGAUUCGCGUGGCUUCCACAUAGUCGGCUAUUUUUCAAAGGAGAAAGAGAGCACAGAGGACUACAAUGUUGCUUGUAUACUUACAAUGCCUCCGUAUCAGCGUAAGGGUUACGGCAAACUAUUAAUUGAAUUCAGCUAUGAGCUUUCCAAGUUUGAAGGGAAAACUGGUUCGCCAGAAAAACCCCUGUCAGAUUUGGGCUUACUUUCGUAUCGUUCCUAUUGGGCGCAAACAAUUUUGGAGAUUUUCAUAAGCCAAAAGCCAACGAGCGAUGGCGAGAAACCAACCAUUACAAUCAAUGAUAUCUGUGAAUGCACUUCCAUCAAGAAAGAGGAUGUUAUAUCAACAUUACAAAAUUUGAAUCUUAUCAACUAUUACAAAGGCCAGUAUAUAGUUUGCAUCAGUCGAGACAUAAUUGAUCAACACAAAAAAGCAAUGGACAAACGUAAAAUUCGCAUCGAUUCCAAAUGUCUACACUGGACGCCCAAAGAUUGGUCUAAGCGCUCCAAGUGGUAAAUCUAAGCUCUUAUAUUUUAAGUGAAAAUUUGUUUAUUAAAAGUAUUAAGAUAUACAUAUUUAAAACAGAAAGUACCUAGCCUUAUACCCCUUAGUUGCCCUAAUACCACAUUAUAUGAUGAUUUUCCCCGCCUUUAUUUAUUCUCUCUUUUCCGCUCCACCGCUGAAAAUGCUAGAAACUAUGUUUGAAAUGCGCACGUUUAGUAUGCCAUCUUUCCAUCAAUCAGUUAAUCAUACAAUGCAAAUCAGCACGCAAUUAAUAAAGUGAAGCCAAUAAAUUACUUAUUCGUAAAUAAA